AUGGUUCCUCUGUUGCAUGCACAAAUCGGCUUCCUCUAUGAAAGCAGUCGAAACCUUGGAUCAGAAGUAACUUACUUGUCUUUUGAUGGAAUAAUGGUCGGCCACAAUUGCUGCAGAACACAAAUACCCUCUCCAGGACCCCUGGAGAGACGGUGGCAAUUGCAUGGAGGCAACAUAGGGACUCUCAGCCUGCAGCAGCUGCAGCGAGACAGCCUGGUCACUCAUGAGCACCCAAGAGAUACUGAACCCCAGCCUAGAAUUCUGGACAAUUUGGGAAGACCUUUGAAAGCACAAGGAGGAGAGCCGGAGAUGGAUGACUGCCUGGAGACACUGAAAGAUGAGGAGGAAGCUUUGUGGGAGAACGUGGAAUGCAACCGGCACAUGCUGAGCCGGUACAUCAAUCCCGCCAAACUGACCCCCUACCUGCGGCAGUGUAAAGUAAUCGAUGAGCAAGAUGAAGAUGAGGUGCUUAACUCGCUUAUGCUGCCCUCCAAAAUUAACCGAGCAGGGCGGCUACUGGACAUUCUUCACACCAAGGGCCAAAGGGGCUAUGUGGUUUUCUUGGAGAGUCUGGAGUUUUACUACCCUGAGCUCUACAAACUGGUGACAGGGAAGGAACCCACACGGAGAUUUUCCACUAUUGUUGUGGAAGAGGGACAUGAAGGCCUUACCCAUUUCCUAAUGAAUGAGAUCAUUAAGCUUCAGCAGCAAGUAAAGGCAAAAGAUGUGCAGCGCUACGAACUCUUGGCUAAGUCUCGCCAGCUGGAGGAUGAGCGAAAGCAACUAAAGCUGAACAAGAUAGAGCUGCUGACCUUCCAGGAGAGAUACAACAAGAUGAAGGAGGAAAGGAACAACUACAAUGAUGAGCUGGUCAAGGUGAAGGAUGAGAACUACAAUCUGGCCAUGCGAUAUGCCCAGCUGAGUGACGAGAAGAGCAUGGCUGUGAUAAGGAGCCGAGACCUCCAGCUAGAGAUUGACCAGCUGAAACAUCGCUUGAACAAGGUGGAAGAGGAAUGCAAACUGGAGAGGAACCAGUCACUGAAACUGAAAAACGAUAUUGAAAACCGACCUAAAAAGGAACAGGUGCUGGAGCUGGAGCGGGAAAAUGAGAUGAUGAAGACUAAAAUCCAGGAGUUACAGUCCAUCAUUCAGGCUGACAAGCGGAGUUUACCGGAUUCGGACAAAGCCAUUUUGGAUAUUCUUGAACAUGACCGUAAGGAGGCACUAGAAGAUCGUCAUGAAUUGGUCAACAAGAUCUUCAAUCUCCAAGAGGAGAUUCGUCAUGUGGAGGACUUGAGAGAUAAGUAUCUUGAAGAGAAAGAAGAUUUGGAGUUAAAGUGUUCAACACUAGGAAAAGACUGUGAGAUGUACAAGCACCGUAUGAACACUGUGAUGAUACAGCUAGAAGAGGUGGAAAAGGAGCGAGACCAGGCAUUCCGCUCACGUGAUGAGGCUCAGACACAGUAUUCACAUUGUCUGAUUGAAAAAGAUAAAUACAGGAAGCAGAUUCGAGAGCUGGAGGAGAGAAAUGAUGAACUCCGAAUUGAAGUGGUUCGGAAAGAAGCUUGCAUUGUUAACCUAGAGUGCAAACUCCGACGGCUCUCUAAGGACAAUAAUUUUCAUGACCAGAGUUUGCCAAGGAAUCUACCCAUUACCAUUAUCUCCCAGACCUUUGGGACUUCUAGCCCAAAAGCCAAUGGUCAGGAAGCAGAUGACUCCUCCACUUCUGAAGAGUCUCCAGAAGAUAACAAAUUCUUCUUGCCUGAUCAAGCUCGACUCAAGAGAAGAGUAAACCUAAAGGGAAUCCAGAUCAAUCCAAGAGCUAAAUCCCCUGUCAGCAUGAAAACAACAUCAGAGUUUCAAGCAGUCAGAGCACAGGAUGAAGAUGGGGCUGAUGCCAGCAAUGGCCGCACAGACACUAGUUCCUCUAAUUCUGUUUCCAUCAGUAACUCCAUCAGCAGCUGUGAAGUCAGCAAAAUUCAAACCCUGAGAAAUCGCAAUGACAGCAUCAUGUCUACCACUCCUGAACCUCCAGGAAAUGACUCGAUCGUCCGACGCUGCAAAGAAGAUGCCCCUCAUUGCAGCCUGGUUGAAGAGGACAAUGACAGCUUUGGAUUUGAUGCUUUGGAGCUAGAUGAUGACAGUCAUGACAGACACUCACAUGGAGCUCCUUCAGUUCACUCUUCCUCCUCUUCUCAUCAGUCAGAAGGCCUGGAUGCCUAUGAGCUUGAGCAUGUCAACUCCAUAUUUAGAAAAUUCUCUCUGGAAAGACCUUUUCGUCCCUCUGUCACCUCUGUUGGUCGCAUCAGAAACUCCUGUCAUACCAUCCAGCGCAUAACACUGAAUGGAGACAGUCUCAAUUCAGAAAUCACUCUCGUUGGAGGUAACGAUAAAGGGAGCUUUAUUAGCUCUGUCAAGACAGAAUCACUUGCAGAGAAAGCAGGUCUUCGGGAGGGACACCAACUCCUACUGUUGGAAGGCUGCAUCAAAGGGGAAAAUCAGAGUGUUCCCUUGGAUACUUGCACAAAGGAAGAAGUUCACUGGACAAUUCAGAGAUGCAGUGGUCCAGUAACACUCCAGUAUAAAUCAAAUCAUGAAGGUUACCGAAAGCUGCUGUCAGAACUGGAAGAAGGGCUUAUCACAUCCGGGGACUCAUUUCAUAUCCGCUUGAAUCUGAACAUCUCCAGCCAGCUGGACUGCUGUUCCCUGUCAGUGAAAUGUGAUGAGAUUGUUCAUAUUCUUGACACCAUGUACCAAGGAAAGUAUGAGUGGCUGUGCGCCAGAGUUGAUCCUUUCACAGACAGGGAUCUGGAAACAGGGACCAUCCCCAGCUACAGCAGAGCCCAGCAACUUCUUCUGGUGAAGCUGCAGCGGUUGAUGCACAGAGGAAGCAGAGAUGAGACAGAAAGCUCAUAUAAUACCCUUCGGGCACUCCGGAAUACAUUGCAGCCAGAGGAGCCUGCACCACCAAAUGACCCAAAAGCCAGCCCUCGCCUGUCCAGAGCAAGCUUUCUUUUGGGCCAAAUAUUACAGUUUGUCAGCAGGUCUGAAAACAAAUAUAAGCGCAUGAAUAGCAAUGAGCGAGUCCGUAUCGUCACUGGCUGGCCCUCUGGUCUGGCAUGGACCUCAUCUGAAGCAAAGAAACCCUCACCUGAUAAACUGGAAGAUUUGGAUUCUGAAAGUGAAAUCAAUAAGAGGCUCAGCCUGAUCCCUUAUAGCUUGGUGAGACCCAUCCACUGUGAGCGCAGGCGCCCCGUUCUUUUCACCCCCACCAUGCUUGCCAAGACCUUGGUACAGAAGCUUCUGAACUCUGGAGGUGCCCUGGAAUUCAACAUCUGCAAGCCAGAUAUUGUAACAAAGGAAGAGUUCUUAAGGAAGCAAAAGAUGGAGACUAUCAUCUUCAGCAGAGAAAAAAAUCUGAACACAUACGAAUGCAUUGUACCUGCCAAUAUUGAGGCUGUCACUGCAAAGAAUAAGCAUUGUCUACUGGAAGCUGGAAUAAGCUGCACAAAGGAUUUAAUCAAAGCCAAGAUAUAUCCUAUUGUUCUCUUUAUCAGAGUCUCGGAGAAAAACAUCAAGAGGUUCAGGAAACUGUUGCCAAAGCCGGAGACCGAAGAUGAGUUUUUACGUAUGUGCCGUCUGAAAGAGAAAGAACUGGAGGCACUGCCAUGCCUUUAUGCCUCUGUAGAGGCAGACGCAUGGAGCAGUAUUGAGGAUCUUAUCCGAGUAAUAAAAGACAAGAUCGGAGAAGAGCAGCGUAAAACCAUCUGGGUAGAUGAAGAUCAGCUAUAA